AUGCCAGAAGCAAGCCUCAAACAGCUCAUCGAUGCCUUACGAAAAGAUGGUGUGCUCAAUAAUUUGCAAAAAGAGGAGAUUCUGCAGAAGAACCCAGUUAGAGCCGACAAAGCACGUGAUCUCCUGGACUAUGUGAAGAAUCAAGGAGAAAAUGCCUGUAAGAAGAUGAUAGAACAUUUUAAAGCCAUAGAUCCAGCCCUUUCCUCUGAUCUGGACUUUUCCCCUGCUCAUCCUCUUCUGAAAGAGUUUUAUUUGGACUGUGAGCUCAAACAUAAGUCUGCUAUGGAGAAGAAGUUCAAGACAAAGAUGAUGACAAGGAAACAGAGGGACACCCUUCAGAAGCUCCAACAGAAGGCCCCCCAACCCAUUCAGCAACUUCAGGACAUCCACCCCCUUCAGCAGGUAAAGCUUCAGUGGCCAGCACAUCAGGUGAACCAUUCAACAUGA